UAAAUAACUUUUCCAUACGUUUGUAAUAAUAUUUAUCACAGAUUAUAGUCACAUAAAAAGAUUCGAUUUAAAUCGUAUUAAACGAAAACGAAAAUUAAAGUUAAUAGAUAUCUUUCAAAAUUCAAAAGAGAAAAGCGCGUGCGCAGGAGUAAAUAGAAAAGAGGAAGGACAUAUGUAUAUCGUGAAUGCAAUGUAAUUUUUACUGUUAACGGUUGACGUCAGUACGACUUUCGAACGAGAUGAGCACGCCUUCGCCGUGAAAAUCCAUGGCGCGCGCGGCCAUGGAAGCAACGCAUAACGUUGUCGAUUGGCAGUCGACCGCGACGCGUUGCGUGGCGUGGUGUGUAGUUCAUCUUUUUCAUUCACAUUUUGACCUAACCAAGCGUAAAAAAACAUCAGAAAUUUUGUGAAAUUUGUUAGUAAUAACGUUCGAAAGUGGCGCUUAGUGUCGACAAAUAUUUUAUAGUGUUCAUUUACGAUUAAGAGAGACAUACAAAAACAGUGUCAAAAACGCAUUUUUUCACUGUGUCUUUUUAACAACGAUUCUUUAACGCGCGUUUAAGAGCAAUCAAAAAGAAAAAGAACAGAUAAAAAAAAAAGAAAGAAAAACAAGAAAACAUGGUGCUUCCCAAGUGUUACGGAUUUAUUAAAUACGCCCUCGUGUGGGUGAAUCUUGUCUUUUGGGCGGUUGGAUUAGCAGCAGUGGUCCUGGCGAUAUGGAUGUUAACCGAUCAAACCUUUCUCGUGUCCUUGGCACAAGAACAACACAAUUUCAACGCAGGCCUUUACAUCUUGCUAGCUGCUGGACUCGUCAUGCUUGUGGUAGCCUUCCUUGGAUGUUGCGGAGCUUUUCGUGAAUCUCAAUGUAUGCUCGUAGGCUUUUUCAGUUGUCUAUUGGUCGUAAUAGUUGCACAAAUUGCCGCUGGUGUUUGGCUCUAUACCAACAGUGAGCGUCUCGAAGAGCUCGUCAAAUCAUCUGUAAUCAACACCGUUAAGAAAGAGUAUGGAUCCGUCGAUGUUCGUACUCAAACAGUGGAUGCCUUUCAAUCGGGUCUUGGAUGUUGUGGAGCUACGGGACCAGCUGAUUGGGCUGGCAGUACAUAUGCCAAUUUCGAUUCUUCCAUUCCUCUUAGUUUAACUGUUUCAUCGAAGUCGAACAAUGCUUACAAAGUACCGAAAUCCUGUUGCAAGGAUAAGGACAGUGUAGCUUGCGAGUUAGCUCGUAAUCUCAAAAUAGCAGAUAUAGUUAGCCCUGCUAUAUAUAACGAGGGAUGCAUAGACAAAUUGGUGGAAGCAUUGAAGAGUCAAAGUUGUAUUGUAAUCGGCGUUGCGAUAGCCGUCGGUAUCCUUGAACUUCUUGGUUUAAUAUUUGCCUUGAUUUUAUGCUGUGCAAGCGGAACGUCGGAUAGAUAUAAAGCCUAAAAUGAUCUGCGUUUUGUAUUCAGGGUGCUUCUUCGUCCAAUUUUUCCAUAUAAUAUUCAAACGCAUUAACUGAUAUCGUUGUUCUACUUUGUGCCAAGAUCGAUCGAUAUCAUUUUAUAUCAUUCUUUCUCCCGUAUAAUUCUUAACACAUAAAGAGAACCACUCGAAAGACCAAUCGAAAUAAUUUAAUGGAUUAUAAGAAAUUUCUGAGGAUAGGGAAUCGUAAAUUUAUUUAUGAUAAUGCGAAGAAAUCGGUAUCAUUUUUAAUGGCACACAAUAUCAACGAUGUUAGAAUUCGUAUUGCACAAAACUUCUCCAUAUUUAUGAGAAUGUAUUACGAUUUUAUUUGUAUUUGUAUUUCAUGUAUUUUUUAAUUCUCUUUUUCUCCUUUUUUCUUUGUAAGAACUUCAAUGUCGUAAUUAUUUACAUUUACUUGUUUAAUAACUUUUAUGAGAUUAGAAAAUAGGUUCAAAACGACUGAAACGAUAAAAUCUCAACUGCACUGAAUCUCCGAAUUUAGUUAGAUUUACGUUGUGUGAUUUUUAAGAUCGCAUAUUUUAAUAAAUGCUCAAGAACAUAGAAA